AUGACGGCGCGGGAAGGAGGCGGCAGAAGGCCGCUCAUCGGUACUGGGCUGGAGGAAGAGGCGACGUUCGAGUACGACGUACGGGAGUACCCCUGGAGAGAGGUAAUCCAGUCUAUCCUGGAGGUGGAAGGAAUGCCUCUUGAGGAACUUCACAAGACUGAGGAGGCGAAGCUGCACCUGCUGGAGGCUGGGGACAAGGAGUUCCAGCAAGGUUGGGGCCCUGGCCGCAGAGCAAACCCUUUCCUGAGAAAGUGGAAGACGUUCUGGAGCAGGGAUAGCACCGUACAAGACCCCCGGACAAAGCGAUUCAAUGAUCUCCUGCACCGAUUCGUUCGAGACUUCAUAUCUCCCAGGAUGGGCAAUGAAACUAUCAUAUACCAGAGGGAGCCAACACUCCGCGUCGUUUUCCCCUCUCCGUUUGUCCCUGGAAAGAGGCACACAGACAGCGAGUACCAUCAUCAGCCAGCAGAGGUCAACUGGUGGUUCCCCGUGUCUUGCAGGGUGUGGGGAACCAACAGUCUAUGGGUUGAGUCGGAGCCAGGCAAGGAGGACUUUCACUCCCUCGACUUGAAGUACGGGGAGGUGAAGACUCUUGGGAGAUCACAUCGAGCCCUCUACAUGUCAGUGACUGUGAGGCUUCAGGUUUGCCGUUUCUAUGGCAAUCAGUGCGUGCAUUACUGCGAGCCGAACUCGACCGAGUACACGCGCGUCUCUAUAGAUCUCCGUGCGAUCCCAUUGUCCAAGUUCGAUCCCCUCUACUCGCACAGGAGCGACAGAGUUUCCUUCCGGCUUGGCGGCUAUUACCUCUCUACGCAUGGAAUCGGCGGCGAGAGUAGCAGGCCGCCCCAUCAGCAACGGUCAACGGCCCCGGAGGCUCCCGGGGGCAUCAUCGGAUCAAGCUUCCCGACUCACUACUAA